AUGUGUACUCCCGGACUCACUUUCGUGGCUUCCAACGUGCUCGAUCCUGCAAAGACGUUGGACGAGAAGUACAACAAAUUCUACAACGAUGAGCAUCUGCCGGACGUUCUCGCCUCGGGCCUCACGAAGCUUGCGUUACGGUAUAAGAAUAUUAAUACAGAAUCCAAGAUGCCAUAUAUCGCGCUCUAUCCUGUCGAGGAUGCCAGUAUGACCGGAUCGGAAGCUGCUGUCAAACUGAUCCAGGACACUCGCAAGAGCAAGACCUUCGAUGGAGAAGACAUCUACGACUAUAUCAACUUCGACAUUCGACGUUAUGAGAAAAUACAAACAUAUGAAGCCUAUCAGCAAGAGGGUCGCAGUGGCAACGAGAGGGGGCGUACUAUUAUUUGUGUUGGAAUGGAGCCAGGGGAUGAGGCCGACUUCGACGAGUGGUACCGAAAGCAGCAUCUCGACAUGCUAGGGAUGUGCCGCGGGUACAGGAGAUGUACGCGGUAUAAGAACAUGGACGACCAGCAACCGAGAUUUCUGGCCCUACACGAGUAUGAUUGUAAGGCAGAGGACGUUCCCUCAGAGCAGAUCAAGCAAGUGGUCGCUACAGAAUGGAGUAAGAAGAUCGUGGGAGAGGCGAAGAUCUUUGACAGGAAUGUGUUCGAGUUGAUUCAAGCGCAAGGACAGACUGAAAUAAACCUCUGA